ACGGAAACGAGGUGCCCAAGGAACUGGUGGGAUGCCUCAACCGUGGCAGCGCUCCAAGCCAGGCUCGAUGAGGACUUGAGCAUCCUCCAGGGAGUUGUGCCGCACCCCUGGCCGAGGUGUUGGGACCAGCUGCUCUUUCAGGUCCGGUCCUGCCCUCAGCGUUCCGUGGCGCUGUGAAGAGCUCCGACUCCCAGCGGCGGCACCGAGCGCGGGGGCCGCCCCGCCCCGCCCCGGGCAGCUGGGGCCAUGCGGGGCCCGGCGCUGCCGCUCGCCCGCCGCGCCGGGGCCGCGCUGGGGCUGGGCCGGGCUGCCGGGCGGGACCCGGGGCAGCUGGAGAAGAAGGCAGAAGGGAAGCUCCAGAAGCAGAUCUGCCAGGUGGUUCUGCAGCACUUCGAGAAGCAGUACACGGCAGAACUGGGGGAGGCAUGGAGCAGUGUCAGAGACGUGCUGACCUCGCCAUGGUGCUGGCAACACGCUGUGCUGCUGAACAGGUUCGGCCAGAGCCCUGGCCUGGAGAGCAGUCUGGUUGAGCAGGGGUACCAUCCUGCCUUCCCAGCAGCCCUGCCCUACCUCCCAGCAGCCUUCAGGUGUUACACCAGGACAGCUCUUGGCAGAUUCCCUGCACAGAAGCACCAGCCUGGCAGGCUGAAGGAGUAUUACCUGCUCAAUGCUGCCUCGCUGCUGCCUGUGCUGGCCUUGGAGGUGAAGGAUGGCGAAGAUGUUCUGGAUCUCUGUGCUGCACCAGGGGGCAAAUCUGUAGCUAUCCUGCAGUGUGCCUGUCCAGGUCAUUUUCACUGUAAUGAAUAUGAUGAUUUGAGGUCAAGAUGGUUGGAGCAGACACUAGAAUCCUUCAUCCCAGAUCCUUUGAUUAACUUGAUAACAGUCUCUAAACUGGAUGGUCGACAGAUUGGAGAUCUUCAGCCUGAAUUUUAUGACAAGGUCCUGGUUGAUGCUCCUUGUUCAAAUGACAGAAGCUGGCUCUUCUCUGCUGACCCUCAGCAAGCUGUGCUCAGGCUCAUGCAAAGGAAGGAGUUGUCCUCCCUGCAAUUCCAGCUUCUAAGGUCUGCUGUUAAAGCCCUGCGUCCCGGUGGCUCCUUGGUCUAUUCCACGUGCACCCUCUCCAGGGCAGAAAACAGUGAUGUGAUCAAUCUCAUCCUGAGCUCCUGCAGGAAUGUGAUGCCUGUGGAUCUAAGUGGGAUGGCCAGAGGUGUUUCCCAGGAAUUCACUUUCCUCAGUGGAAUGCAGCAGCAUGAACUGCUGGUUCUCCCAGAGAAAGGGAGAGCGUGGGGUCCCAUGUAUGUGGCUAAAUUAAAGAAAGUGUCCUCCACCUGAUGCCUGUUGGUUAUGAGCAGUAUAUGAUAAAUUAAUACUGAUUUAAAUACAGUAUGUGUAUGUGAACACAUGCAAGGCAACUGAAUUUAGAGUGUUGCAGUUUCCUGAUCAAAAGGAAGCAAGAAAUUUAACUUAUUUUAACUUAAAAUACUGAAUGUGCCUUCCAGCAUGGGCUUGUGAGCUUCUGAGAAGCCCUUAGGAAAUUUGUAUUGUUUUCAAAGUGAUGCUUUUAAAGGGAUUUGGAUUCUAGAAUAGAGGCUUAAUGUGGUAAAGUUUUGCACUGUUUUUUUUUUUUUUUUUUAAUUUACUAACUUGGUUCUAAUACAGUAUGUUUUUAAAGAAAUGGUUUUCAGUGGUCUGAAGUCAUGGAAAUCCUGCAUUCUCUCUAAACGCUUCUAGAAAUCUCUGUUUCUGCAAGAACAGAUUUGUAUGUACAGUGUCAUCUUCAAGCACUGGCAGAACAGGUUUCAUAUUUGCUAAGUUGUUUGCUUAAAAAACAAAGGUGUCUUUGUUUACAGAUGAAAAGGUCAGCAGUUAGGUCAACACCAGCUUUUUUUUUUAAUUUAUUAAUAUUCUUCUAUUUUGAGGUUGCAAAAAUAUGAAUUGAAUGAGUAAUGGUGCAUAUAUUCCAGCCUAUGCUUGGCUUGAAGCAGAGUGGAACCCUUUCAUCCCCAAGGUUUCUUUCCCAGAUGGAAGGUGAUAAUCACUGGUUUUAAAACCCUUUUUUAAAGAACAGAGGUAGAUGAGUUGCUCAUGUGGAAAUGGGGGUGUGUGACAUUGUACAUUAAUUAAUUUCACAGACUCACAGAAUGGUUUGGGUUGGAAGGGACCUUAAAGACUACCUAGUUCCAAAUUCCUUGCUGUGGAAGGGACACCUUCCACUGGACCAGGUUGCAAAGUCCCAUCCAACCUUAAAUUAAACACCUCCAGGGAUGGAGCAUCCACACCUUCUCUGGGCAACCUGUUCCAGUGUCUCAUUGCCCUCACUGUAAGAAUUUCUUUUUAAUACCAAAUCCAAAUCUGUCUUCCUUCAGUUUGCAAACAUGUAGUAUAUUUUAUGUGUAUAUCACACAGUUUGCCCUCAGAACAAACCUUCUGCUGAGGCAAACAAAUGCAUCAGAGGUUCUGAAACUUCACCCUUUGCUGUGUGAGCUAUCACAGUUAUCCUUUCCCCUGCUUUGGGAUGAAAAGUGUUUGAGGUGGCCCUGCAGUGUUAAAUUGUCAGCAAUGUCUCUGAAAACUUAAGAGGCUGUAAAGUUGAUGCAGUUUGAGUAUGCAGAGGAUUCUGUGAAAAGGCCUGACAGCAUCUGUCCCAGGAACAUUAAAUGUAAUAUCCAGAUUUGGAGUCAUGUCAGGCUGCUGGGUAAAAUAACCAUACCUUUGGCAAAUGCUUCCCAUCAGUUUCAUUUGCCCUGUGGAAAUUGAAAUGGAAAGGCAAGAAUGUAACCUGCUCAGGGAUGGAAUUGAAAUAUGUGCUUGAAUUGGAUGGUUGAGGAGGACGUGGACUGGGUAAUCACAGGAAGAACAAAGAGGCCCUUGAAAGCUGAACUCAGCAGAUGGGCAAAUCCCUGGGAGCUGUUUUAGACCUGAACCCUGCAGCAAGGCCUCCUGGUGUGUCUAAAAGCUGAGUUCUGUCUGCAUAACCCUUUGCUGACCUCCUGGAGUACCUUUCCAGUCCCAACCAGUCUAAAAAUGCACCGACAAGAGAGGUAAAAACAAGGCUAAUAAAUAAGUGAUACUUAUUUUUGUUUGUACUUGAUUCAUUUUGGUUUGUACUCUAUUCCAGAUUGCUGUGGAGUUGUUUUUUAGUUCUGUUCUAAUCAGUUCUGGCUGGUGACAGGAAUUUGGUGAACACAUGUGGCAUGAGAAGGGAAAAGCAGAAAGGAUGGAGGCAGGCCUGUAGAGGUGAGGGGCAAAAUUUGCACAUGUUGGCAAGUAUUGUCCCCUCAAAGGCACUUCUUGGAAAGGCUUCUUGUUCAUUCAAGUUAUCUCUUGGAUACUUCUGCUCCCCUUCGUUGCAAACCUGCAACAUUUUUCCUUUUUAAACACUUUUUUUUUUUCCAGCCUGGUAACUGUAAUUUAAUUCCUUGCCAUGUCCUUCCUCUUUCCUGAGCAAUGCUGAUGGAGAUGGGAUGAAAAACAAGUCAGCCUUUCUAUCAUAGAAGAAAUUGCAGCCCUAAACAAGUUGAGGGCAGGAAAAUUACCAGUUUUGUUGGAUGAGGGAGUCCUAGAGAAAUCUUCAUGAUCUCUAAUGAAACUGCCCACAGUUGUAUGUGUAGCAGCACCUCAGAGGCAUCAUAGAGCUCUGGAGUUCAGCUGCUCUCGUGCUUUUCUGCCAUUCCCUUUUCCAAUAUCCAAAAAGUCACUUCUCUGUUUCACGGGGGUUGGCACAAUAGGAAAUUGGAGAGCCUUAUCUAAAGGCAAUUUCAGUAUUUACCAAAUUUUAUCCCUUAUUCAGUGGCAUCUGACACAGUUCAAUUAUGGCUUGUCAAAAGCAUUCUCCACUGUGGAGUGGAAUGGAAAAAACAGAUUACACAAUGUGUGUGGGCUGAUGCAGCUGACCAGGGGACUAAUGAACUCUUGGCUGUCUCAGUAAGGUGUGGGAAGAGAAGGUUGAAGGAGGGGCAAAAUGAAAAAAUCAGGACUACAGCAGUGGGUGAAAAAUGUGAGAUACUGUGGCUUUUAGCAUGGAAGAGCAGCAGCCUGUUCAGCCUGUUCAGGAAAAGCUCUGUGAGUGGAGAGGGGAGAGUGGUGGGAGAGUCACAGCUGCCUGUACUGGGCUGGGAGGAUCCCCUCACUUCAUUUGACUGUCUUAGAAGGAGAAUUGAGGACAUCAGUUGUGAAAACUGCAGUGGGAUUGCUUUAAAUUUUCAGGGUCUUUAACCUAGCUAUAAGCAUUUAAAUCAAACAUGUCUAGCUGUUUCUUGCCAAACAAAUGGCUGUAUUGAGAGAUUUUCCUACCAGAAGAGUUUAUUUGGUGAGUGGGAGAGAAAUAUGAGACUUGGGCCUGGCUGUAAUAGAAUUUGGCUCACUUCUAAGCUGAUGUAACUUCAUGCAGUAUUGGCCAUAAAUGAGAUUCUUUGUUCUGGGGGAAAUUGGAACAGCACAUGCUGGUAGUCUCUUAACUUCGGGGAAAAGUGAAAUUUGGAGUUCUCUGUUUGCCAGACCUGGGUCAGAGCACACAGGGCACACACAGUCACUGGUCACAGCUUUUAGAUGUCACCCCACCACGUGAUUCCUAACUAAAGACUGGUGUUUAUCAAUUGUCAGAAUUUUUUUUCCUUCACUGAAUUUCCUAUCUGCAUCCUAUGACUUGAGGUCAAGGUCUAAUGACCUUGGAAGUUUUUAUUUUCUUAGUGGUUGUACGUAGUUUUCAGCAGGGGCAAGCAUCAUGCAGCUUCCACAGCUCCAUUUCCAAAAUGUUUUGUGUGCCACCAAAACAAAAUGGAUCAAAAAGUCACAGCUGCUCUUGAGAGACGGAACAUAAACUUGGGGUGGGUUUUUUGUACUCCACUGAGGAAUUUAUGCUCCCUACAGCUGUGUCCAAGGUGGUUCUUCCCAUCAAUGUUUUCUGCUGUUUCUCUCUGAGAUGGCCCUUUGCACAUGGUCACCAUGGUGUUAUGGUGAUGUGACCCUUUGUGGGCUCAGAGGAAAAAGAAAUGGAUCUGCUGCCUAAACCCUAAACAGGGAAUAAUCCUGUAGUGAGAGGUGCCGCAAGUGUUGCUGCAGAACUAUUUUUUAAAGAUGAUAAAGGUGCUAGGAGGCAGCACAGCAAUCCAGAUUUGAAUGGAGCCAGCACUUCAGCUGGUCAGUGACAUUCUCACAUUAUUCUUUCCAAAGUGACGCUUCCCUGACAUGAGGCUUUCAUCUUUAAGGAGCACAAGCAUUUGGCCUGACCUCACCUCUGACAAGGCAAAUCAAAUAAAGCAGUCAAAACAGACAAGGGGCUUGUUUGCAUGCAGCGUCAGAGCAGAUCUUGCAACCAUCCACAAGAGAUUUGAGUUGAUGUUGCUGUGUCUCAGUCCCUUGUGCUGCUCUGGGGUAAUUCGUGUACAGCAGCAUCUGUGCUGGGGAUGGGCCCUGACACGAUUCCUGCUGAUUCUUCCUGUCUCCAGUAAAUUCCUUUGCUGCUGGGGAGAUCUUUAGAGUCACAUAUCUUCAGUGAGACUCUGGGAAUGGCUUUCAAAUCACCUUUUGAUAUUAUUUGGCAAAACUUCUGUCUCAAAAUAAGUGCUGUGGUAACAUUUAUUGUAACUUGCUGGAGGUCCCUUGAUCUGAGAGUGCCGCAGAACUUUACACAUCUUUUAAAUCUACUUUUCCUUCUUUAAUGUACUGGCUCCUUAUUGAAAUCCUACCCUAAAAAACAGAGGAGACUGGGUGCUCUCUACCCUAUCCAAAUCAGGGUGAAUCCCAGAAGUAUGAUGAAGCAGUUGGGGGAAGGUGGGAGAGGAGCAAAUGAGAGUAGAAACAGAAAGGUGGCUUCCUUUUUUAAUGAUUUCAGCCUUAUUGAGAACCAUCCCACCACUAACAAAUGAGCAGCUCCUCCUGCCUGCAUUUGGAUGUGGAGGGCCAUGAAAAGCAGGGAAAAAUGUCACUGAUAAAGUUCUUGAAAAGUAUUCUCUAAUUGCCCCAAAGUGGAAAAUGCU